AACAAGAGUAGUUAUAACGAUGGAUGUUUUCAAUGCACCCUGCUAUAGACUAAUGAAGUACUCUGCUAAAAUUAUAGGUAUAUGGCCGUAUCAGACUCGUCGUAAAAGGAUAAUAAUAAUAACUAUUAUUUGGAUUUUUGUCUUUGCGCAAUUUAUUCCACAAAUUAUAGCUCUUGCGAUGUAUGCGGAUGAUCCAGAUGUUCAAUUUGAAGCGAGUUCAAAUAUGGCGGUAUAUUUCGGGGCGGCAAUAAAAUAUAUCAACGCAAUGUAUAAAUCAAAUCAGAUGAAAAAUUUAUACGAUAGAAUAAAAAGUGAUUGGAAAUUGGUGAAGAACGAAGAAGAAAAAAAAACACAACAGGAGCACGCCGACCUCGGUAAUAUGCUUUCAUCUGCAUGGGCAGGAAUCGCAUAUUGUUCAGCGACAUUUUUUGUAUUGGACCCGAUUGUCCCGAAAUUUUCAAAACUAUUAUUUAACAUAAAUGAAACUGAUCCAUAUCAAUUGCCUCUUCCGUUGGAGUAUAUUAUUAUUGACAGAAGGAAGCAUUACUGGAUAAUGUUGUGUUUUACAAGUUUGAUGGUUUAUAAUAUUAUAAUAAUUCUUGUUUCAUGUGACAUUAUAUUUAUCAACUUAGUGCAACACGCUUGCGGACUAUUUGCAGUUACAGGAUAUCGACUAGAGAAUACACCAAUCGAUGAAAAUGAUUCCGAAGUUCGUGAAGGAACCGAUUAUUUACCAAACUCGAAAGAUGUUCCUUACAAACAUUUGGUGUCUUGUAUCAGGAGCCACAGGCGAGCUUUAGAAUUUGCGGAACUUCUUGAAAGCUUAUAUUCUAUAAGCAUGGGAAUGUUAGUAGGAAUCAAUCUGCCACUUAUAAGUGUCACCGGAUUCCAGAUUAUAACGAAAUCAAAUACAAUACAUCAGUUGUUAAAAUACUCAACAUUCACAAUGUCCCAGAUAGCUCAUCUCUUUUUCUUUUGUUAUAUGUCAGAACGGUUAACAGAGAUGAGCAUACGAAUGCAUAAAUGCGUAGCUAAUGUGAGAUGGUUCAAUAACUCGAUAAAGUCACGGAAUUUGUUAAUAAUAAUGACUAUGAGAAGUCAAGUGCCCUGCAAAUUGACUGCUGCUAAAAUCAUGGAUUUGACUAUUGAAAAUUUCUCAGCGAUGGUAAGAACAUCUGGGUCAUAUUUCACAAUGCUUUUGUCAAUGCAAUAAACAAACUUCCACAUUCUUCUUCAUGUGGUAAAAGUUAGUGUAAAUUAUAUAUAUGAUGAAUUACUCAGAACCUGAUAUUGUGAUACGGGAACAUAAAUUAUUAUUCUAAAUAUGCAUUUAUUUAAUUGUUAAAUAUUAUUAUUAUUUUUAUUAUUGCACAAGUACAGUUUUUUAUAUGAACUUUGUUACUUUUCCCGUCCCUGCAUAUCAAGUAGUAUAACCUUAAUAGUUAAAUGAAUAUUUUGUCAUUUCAAAAUAAUAUUCAAUUAUUUUUAAUAACUUAUUCUCUAAGGCUAGCUAAUAUAUUUCAUAAUGACUACUUUAUCAGCUCUACAGGUAAAUAAUUUGAUUGUAUGCUGGCUACUUUACGCACAAUUAUCUUUGCUAAAUAUAAUAUAGUUUCUAAGAAUUUAUAUUGUUGGUAGAUUAUUAAAUAUUUAUCUAAAAUAAUCAAAUAUAUGAUUAGCAAUGGCCAAUCAAAUCAUUUUUUUGUCAUAACUAAAAUUUAGUUCUCAGAGGAAAAUUUUUUUCUCAGUGUGGGCUCGAUCCUGAGUAGUUCCAAAAAUAAUCAUAAACCAGUUGACUCAAAAUUUGUUGUAAAUUAAGUUUUUUCUGAUUUAUUUUGAAAAUAAUUUAAAUAUGCAUAUGCUCGGAAUAGAAUGUCCGUAAAUUGAAUCAGUACGCGAAUGAUCAAAUGAUUAUUAUGUAAUUAUCCAUUUUAUGUAUUAUUAAAAUAAACAUAUUCAAUCGAUUAUUUAUUUUAAUAAAAGUACGUGCUUCAACUACUAACUAUCAGU